AUGGCAGCGACACGCCCCGCGGCCGAGACCGCCCGCCCUCGCCCAUUGGCCGGCGCCGCCUCCUGCCCGCUCUGCCCGACGCGCUCAGUCGCUCGCCACACUCUGCGUCAGUCGCACGCGCAAUCCGAAGCCACGCCGGACUUUACGUGUGUGAAUAUUCAAAUUUGGAAUACCGGUGACGUGGCGGCGGUGAAGCUGGGCGGCGCAGGCGGGUGGUGGUCUGCGCUGGAUGCGGUAGAAGCGUGCGGCGCAGGCGGAGCGGGCCCCGCCGGCGGCGCCGUGGCUAUGACGGUGCAGCGGGACGAGCGCGCGCCCCGGACGCGGUUCAUGAUCACGGAUAUCCUGGAUGCGGCGCCGAGGGACCUCAGCGCGCAUCGGGACUCCGAUUCGGAUCGAUCAGCUACGGAUUCGCCAGGUGUCAAGGAUGAUUCCGAUGAUGUGUCAAGUAAAAGCUGCGGCGGUGACUCUUCAGGAUUGGCCAAGAAACAAAGGAAAGCGCGGACGGCCUUCACAGACCACCAGCUGCAGACCUUAGAAAAGUCAUUCGAGAGACAGAAGUACCUGAGCGUACAGGACAGGAUGGAGUUAGCUGCUAAAUUAGGACUUACGGAUACACAGGUCAAGACCUGGUACCAGAAUAGAAGGACAAAAUGGAAGCGUCAAACAGCAGUGGGCUUAGAAUUGUUAGCGGAGGCAGGCAACUAUGCGGCGUUCCAACGUCUUUAUGGAGGUUAUUGGGCUGGUGUGCCAGCAUAUCCUGCGCAGCCAGCACCGGCAGCAGCGGAUCUAUAUUACAGACAGGCUGCAGCGACUGCAGCAGCCGCUGCUUCCGCAUCAGCGAACACGCUGCAGAAACCUCUUCCUUAUAGGUUAUACCCCGGCGCACCAUUAGGGGGCGUUCCCCCAUUGGGCCUUGGUCUCCCGGGUCCGUCAGCGCACCUCAGCUCCCUAGGAGCCCCAGGUUUGGGGGCACUAGGGUACUACGCUCAGGCGCGCCGCACCCCAUCCCCCGACGUCGACCCUGGCAGUCCCCUGCCUCCCCCAAGAUCCCCCCGGGAACCGUCUUUAGAAAGACGAUCCGACGACGACGAAGACGACGAAACUAUUCACGUAUAA